UUCCAUCUGGGAAAAAAAAACAGUGAGGGAGAGAGAGAGAGAGAGAAAGGAGCAAGUCGUUGUGAAAGAAAAACUCCCCCGGCUAAAGGGAAAUAAUAGGUGCCUAAUAUUUCCAUUGAGGAGGAUGAGAAGGGAAGUUGAAGGACACUGAGGAGAAGCCAAUGAUCCGGGCCGUGGAUCUGUUGUACUUUAACCCCUGCGAUACCAUCUGUGUGCGUGUGUGAGAGAGAGCCUGUGUGUGCGUGUGUGAGAGAGAGAGCCUGUGUGUGAGUGUGUGUGAGAGAGAGAGAGAGGGAGCGCUGCCUGUCUGUUCUGCUGCUGCCAGGGGCUAUAGCCGCGCAUGGCAUAUUCCGUGCAAGGAUUCGCUCGCUUGCCCUCAUGGUGAAGGCGGUUUCUUCCUUAUCUGGACCUAUUUAAAGGUGAAGUGAAAGGAGGUUUCCCCGCCACUGUUGUGUCUCACGCCCUGGAGAUCACCAAGGUAGACACUGAGGAGCUUAUUUUUUGUUGCCAUCAUGAUGAAACUGGGCACAUCAUUAGCCUUCUUUGCUAGAUUCCACUUUCUUGUCCUUUUGCUGCUCUUGUGCAAUGUGGGAUCAAUACGGAGUGAAACCACAACAGUUGCAGACUUUGAAAACCAUACUGACUCCUGCACUGGUUCCUACUAUUGCAAGGAAGGUGUCAUUUUACCCAUCUGGGAACCUCAGAACCCUUCUUUUGGUGAUAAAAUAGCAAGAGCUACAGUAUACUUUGUUGCCAUGGUCUACAUGUUCUUAGGAGUGUCUAUCAUAGCUGACCGUUUCAUGUCAUCGAUUGAAGUCAUUACUUCUCAAGAGAAGGAAAUAACAAUUAAAAAACCAAAUGGAGAAACCACUAAAACAACAGUAAGAAUAUGGAAUGAAACUGUAUCCAAUUUGACACUUAUGGCUCUUGGUUCAUCUGCCCCUGAAAUUCUUCUUUCUGUUAUUGAAGUUUGUGGCCAUAACUUUCAAGCUGGAGACCUUGGACCUAGCACCAUUGUUGGCAGUGCAGCAUUUAAUAUGUUCAUCAUCAUUGCUCUUUGUGUCUACGUGGUACCAGAUGGGGAAAUAAGGAAGAUAAAACAUCUAAGGGUUUUCUUUGUAACUGCAGCAUGGAGCAUUUUUGCCUACACUUGGCUAUAUAUGAUCUUAUCUGUUUUCUCUCCAGGUGUUGUUGAGGUCUGGGAAGGCUUGCUUACUUUCUUCUUCUUUCCAAUAUGUGUUGUAUUUGCUUGGGUUGCGGACAGAAGGCUUUUGUUUUACAAGUAUGUUUAUAAGAGGUACAGAGCUGGAAAGCAACGGGGAAUGAUCAUUGAAACUGAAGGUGACAGGCCUUCUUCCAAAGCAGAUAUUGAAAUGGAUGGGAAGGUGCUUAACUCACACACUGAGACUUUUCUUGAUGGUUCUUUAGUUCUGGAAGUAGAUGAGAAGGAUCAGGAUGAGGAAGAGGCAAGGAGAGAUAUGGCUAAAAUAUUGAAGGAACUAAAGCAAAAGCACCCAGAGAAAGAAAUUGAACAACUAAUUGAGCUUGCCAACUAUCAGGUUUUAAGUCAGCAACAAAAGAGUAGAGCAUUUUAUCGCAUUCAAGCAACUCGUUUGAUGACUGGCGCUGGCAAUAUAUUGAAAAGACAUGCUGCAGAUCAGGCAAGGAAAGCUGUAAGUAUGCAUGAAGUAAAUACUGAUGUUGUGGAAAAUGACCCAGUCAGCAAAAUAUACUUUGAGCAAGCAACAUAUCAGUGUCUAGAGAACUGUGGAACUGUGGCACUUACUAUUGUUCGUCGUGGAGGUGAUUUGACCAAUACAGUGUAUGUUGACUUCAGAACAGAAGAUGGCUCUGCAAAUGCUGGCUCAGAUUAUGAAUUUACUGAAGGGACUAUCAUAUUUAAGCCAGGUGAGACCCAGAAAGAGCUUCGUGUUGGAAUUAUUGAUGAUGACAUCUUUGAAGAAGAUGAGAAUUUUCUAGUUCAUCUUAGCAAUGUGCGAGUGAAUGCAGAGAACACAGAGGCAAACCUUGAAUCUAACCAUGUAACUCCCCUUGCCUGUCUUGGAGCAACCUGUACAGCCACAGUUACCAUUUUUGACGAUGAUCAUGCAGGUAUCUUUACCUUUGAAGAGACAGUCACACAUGUAAGUGAGAGUGUUGGCAUCAUGGAGGUAAAAGUGCUGAGAACAUCUGGAGCUCGAGGAACUGUUAUUGUACCCUAUAAGACUGUUGAAGGCACAGCCAAAGGUGGAGGGGAAGACUUUGAGGAUACUUGUGGACAACUAGAGUUUCAGAAUGAUGAGAUUGUCAAAAUCAUAUCAGUGAAAAUAAUUGAUGAUGAGGAAUAUGAGAAAAACAAGACCUUCUUCCUUGAGGUUGGGGAACCCCGUCUGGUGGAGAUGAGUGAGAAGAAAGCCCUGUUGUUAAAUGAGCUUGAUUUGAAAGGGGCAGAACUUCAAAAAAGAGACUUCACUAUCACAGGAAAAAUAUUAUAUGGGAAACCUGUCUUGAGGAAGGUUCAGGUUAGAGAUCAUCCUAUACCAUCUACCGUAAUCAUCUUGACAGAGGAGAAUGAAGAAAAACAGCCUUUAACAAGCAAAGAGGAAGAAGAGCGUCGCAUCGCUGAAAUGGGAAGGCCUGUGCUAGGGGAACAUACAAGGCUUGAGAUUAUUAUUGAGGAAUCCUAUGAAUUUAAGAGCACUGUGGACAAGCUAAUUAAAAAGACAAACCUUGCUCUUGUGGUUGGAACGAACAGCUGGAGAGAACAAUUCAUAGAAGCCAUCACUGUCAGUGCCGGAGAAGAUGAUGAUGAUGAUGAGUGCGGGGAAGAGAAACUACCAUCCUGCUUUGACUACGUCAUGCACUUCCUGACUGUUUUCUGGAAGGUUCUUUUCGCCUUUGUACCUCCAACAGAAUACUGGAACGGCUGGGCCUGCUUUAUUGUGUCCAUUUCAAUGAUUGGCCUCCUGACAGCCUUUAUUGGGGAUUUAGCUUCUCACUUUGGCUGUACCAUUGGACUGAAGGAUUCCGUUACGGCAGUUGUGUUUGUGGCUCUCGGAACCUCAGUACCAGAUACUUUUGCCAGUAAAGUGGCAGCAACCCAAGACCAGUACGCCGAUGCCUCCAUAGGUAAUGUCACUGGUAGCAACGCAGUGAAUGUUUUCCUGGGAAUUGGUGUUGCUUGGUCCAUAGCUGCCAUUUACCAUGCUGCCAACGGAGAUGUGUUCAGAGUCCAACCCGGCACCCUUGCUUUCUCCGUCACCCUUUUCACCAUAUUUGCUUUCAUAAACGUUGGUGUCCUGCUCUACAGACGGCGACCAGAAAUCGGCGGGGAACUGGGUGGGCCACGGACUGCUAAGCUUCUUACAACAGCCCUCUUUACACUUCUAUGGCUCUUGUACAUUUUCUUCUCAUCUCUGGAAGCCUACUGCCACAUAAAGGGCUUCUAAACAAACACUCUAACAUAGUAAAUAUAUAUAUUAUAAAUAUAUGUAUAAUGAACUGAGGAAUUAAAGACUUUGCCAUUUUCACUUACCUGCUGAUGGGAUGCAACUGUAGGAGCAUUCCUUUUAAUGGGUAGGAGCAAGAAUUUAAGGUUUCUUACCCAAGGGCAUCAUGUUGAACAAGGCAUGGAUGCAGGGACAUCUUUGCAACUGUACCUACAGUGUACUAUAAAUGGUUGACUACUUUUAUUUUUGAAAUGACUAAUCUGAAUGCUAAAUGGGCCUUUUUUGUUAAAAUGUAAAGAUGCCGGAAUUACUAGUAACUAUUUUUUUGGUUGUUGGGGAGGGGGAGGGAGAGUGCCUGAAGAUAAAAUCUAAAAGCAUUUCCUAGAUGGUUACAGAGUCCAAAUUCCUCACAAGCCCAAGUUCCAAAAUUGUCACAUGAAAAUUAAUAGGGGAAAAAAUCACUGAAAAGAAAAUGCAUUCUGUAAGAUUCCUCCUGCUGAACAAAAUGUGUGUACCCAUAAACAGGGGAAGUGCUGAAUUAUUCAUAUGUUAUUAAACCCCCUAAUAAUUUAUUUAUUUUGUUCUUAGAGGGUACUGAGGUGUUUUAUGCCUUUUACAAGUUGCUGUCUGUGGGGAGAUGGGGAUCACACAUUCAAGACUCCUUGUAGAAAGCAAUAACCUUAGCCCUGACAUAGAAAACAAUGGGCAUGUGUGGGCCGUUUCAGCCAUCUUCAGCCCCAAAAAUGCAAUUGUACUGCCAGCAUGGGUGUGCGCACUCUCAUCUUGGCGUACCAAGGCAUACCUUCUGUACAUUCACACACAAAUUGUAUUUAUAAGGGAGGCAGCUCGGGAAUGUUCAGCUGUAACAGUGACCCUCAGCAGAAUGCUCUCUGGUGCAUAUAAAUAUAUAUAUAUAUAUGCACACCUAACUGUACUGUAUGUUGGUGAUUCUACAGCAAGGGGAGGCUCAUUUAGUCACGAAAAGCUGCCACAUUUUGUUUGUAAUAUGUAGUAAACUUCUGCACCAAAGUCACUAUUGAGUCUUCAUGGUGGAGCUUUGGUCCUAGUUUGUGUUCACCUUGUUCUAAAGCGAUUAUUUUAUGUUACAGCUUACUACUCCUUGUAGGUUUAAGUAUUUUUCUUCAUGAUCCCAUUCUGUUCUUAUAUCUAUUUGGAAUAAUUGAAGGACAGGUAAAAGUGUGCUUAAAAAGCCCCACCCCCCCCCCAAAAAAAAAAAAAAACGUAACCUUCUCCUCUCCAACAGGUUAAUUGCAUUGUACUUUGCAUGCCUUUCUCCUUGUCACACAACUCCAUUUGGUCUGUUUGUGCUUUGCUGACAUUGCCGACUCAUCAUAAUGUAUAAGAAUUGUCAUUCUGGUCUUGACAAGAUGUUCUAUCUUUCAUCAAGCUACGUCCAAAAAAAAAGUCUGUGCAGUCUUGUCGGGGUGCUUUUCUGCAAUGCCAUAUUCAUGUUUUGGAAUGUCUUUGUGCUAUGUGUAACAAUGUGCAUGGGUGACAAGUAUUUGAUAUGCCAUAGCCUAGUGAUAACCCUUUUACUUAUGUAGUUUGAAUGUGAAAGACAUGAAUGUGAUUUCCUCACCUGCUUUUUUAAGGGGGGAGGGUGACGGGUUGGUGGGGGUGGUUUUAAGAAUAAAGUAGGUAUUGGAGUUGAAUAAAAACCCAUGUAAAAAGAAAAGAAAAUGAGCAUCUGGCUUAUCUGGCAGUGAACAGCACUGAAAUACUGAACUGACACUCUGAUGCAACAUAGUGAUUUAUGAAAGGUAAAUGCAUUUAAAUACUAAUGACCUGGAAUUUUUUAUCCUUUUUUACAGAAAGUAUUUAUAGAGUCCAUGAGCAUGGAUACCUGGGGCCUCAGCUCAUUGUAGCCUUAUAGCUUUCACCUAGAAAAAGCACAGGUAGCCAUCUGCUCUCAAGCUUUUGCAUAACUAAGGGGCAGAUUUAGUAAAACUCAGACUUGGGGAAUCCUACAGGAGUACCAGAAAAUUGAAUUCAGGACACAUUUGACAGAGCUGAUUGAUUUGUUGGAAUGGCAGAAUGUCUUUAAACACCAUUAUGCUCUAUGGGGUGUUAGAACUCAGUGCCAGUGGCAAGCUUUAACGCCCGUUUGAAUCAUCAAUCCCUGAUGCUUUGCAAAUAAAUAAAUCUUUCAGACAGUUUUGCCCCAUGCUGGAAAACAAAUCCGAACCAAUGAUUAUUUUUUAAUGAGUGGUAACCAUUGUUAUUGGCUUGGUGAAACAUAACAGGGGUUGAUUGUUUGUCCCCGAAGUCUCCCAGCCCCCACCUCCAAUACAGGGGGGUUGUGGUUUCAAUGCUCCUGCAGUUCAGAAAACUGAACUUAAAUUUGAUACAGUUAGGUUACCUCCUCCCACCAAACCACUCAGCACUUGGGCCUCCGGUGAUUUCUUUUUGUAACAGAGGUGCCAGUUGCUUGUAGGUGAAACUGCAUCUUUGCAAAAUUUUUAUAGGGGACCAUUUUGUGUUUUUUAGCUGGCAAAGAGGCCAAUGAGGUUACUGCCAUGCACUGAUGUAGGCCAGGACCACAGUGGGUGUAAUGCUUAUAUAUGUAACUGAGCUCCUGCACCUGUAGCCUAAAUUAGGGAAUUUAUAUCUUUUACUUCCUCAGCUGAACCCCUGCCCUUAUAGAAUUCAUGUUUCCAGGAGCAUAUUUCUCUUCAGGUUUUUAAAAGCCAGUCCCAUCCCUAAGGCAAACUGCAGAGCACAUGAAGUAUUUAUAUGAAUUAAUAUGCAGCAUUUAUCUUGGUUAAUAGUUCUGAAGGAUAAGGAUUAGGAUUCAUGCAUUAACUGGAACUAUGCAAUAUCCCCGAGGUUAAAUUGCUGAGAGAGCCUUGCCAAGGAUCAUGCCAGGGACCAGCCCAUACCCUCUCUUUGCCUAUUGGUAGGCAAGUAUGUCGCCGUUUCUGGUAAAUGUUACCCAAGCCAAGUUGUACUUAUAUUCUGUGUCCAGUAUUGAACAUUUAAUAUAUCCUAUAGUCGCAUGGAGGAAUAUAACUUUUAAGAAAAUAGUCCAGAUCCCUGCCCAGCAGAGUUUUCUUCUUACAGUUUUACUGUUCCUAGCGCUGCUCUGUGAAACCUAUUGCGUAAGGGGCUUCUAGGUAUUACCUACCAUGGGGUAUAGUAAACUGUGACAGUAAAAGAUGCAAAUACAACAGAUUUUUAUGAUUUUUUUUAAAAAAAAAAACAAUUGGACAUACCAGCAAUGUGCAUAGGACGGUCAGUGAAUAAGCAGCCAGUGAAGCUUCAGUAGAAUUCAUUUCAAUUUCUUGUGAAUUAAAAAUAAACCACAAUGCAGAUAAUAUUAAUAACGUAAAAUAUAUAACAAACUGAAAUGUAAAAUAAUUAUUGACACAAAACCAGUAUUUGUAAUAUUCCAUCUUAACAUGUGUAGAUAGGUGUGCUUGCAUUUCCAUGGCCUACGACACUUUCAAGGCUGCAUGUUGUAAAGAAUCCAAUAAAGCUAUUUACAAAAUCUC